AAAGGCAUUAACCGGAAAUGUGGAAUUUAGCUAGUGUUACUGAAGUCCCUGUUAAUGGCUGAUAUGUAACUGUCAACAAUUCUGGGGUUGCUGAGACCGAAGCCCUUUUACGAUCCAUUACUCUCUGUGUUUCACAGGUUCAUUUUUAAAGGCAACUUAGAAUCAAAUGUUAUGGAUGAACCAUGAAGGCACAAUUACAAGUCACAGUGCUUUCAGCUAAGCUAAAGGAAAACAAAAAGAACUGGUUUGGUCCCAGUCCGUACGUUGAGGUAGCUGUGGAUGGCCAGUCAAAGAGAACAGAAAAAUGCAACAACACCCACAGUCCCAAAUGGAAGCAGGCCCUCACUGUAAUUGUGACUCCAGUCAGCAAACUCAUCUUUCGUGUUUGGAGUCAUCAGACACUGAAAGCAGAUAUUCUGCUGGGCAUGGCCACUCUGGACAUCGGCACGGUCCUCAAAGCCAAUGAUCUUAAAUUGUGUGAGGUGGUGCAGACGCUGCAGCUAUCCUUUGACAGAGACCCUCAGGAUAUUGUAGGGGACCUCUCAAUCUGUCUGGACGGCAUGCAGGUUGACCCGGAAGCCUUUGCUCUGGCAGAGAGAGAGCAAGCUCCUCUUACAAAUGGAAAUGCAAAACAAAAUGGCAACACAAGCAACAGAUCAAGCCGGGACACGUCUCCAUCCAGUGACUCAGAUGACUGGGUCAUUGUACCCAAUGGUCUUACUGUCAGCGAUAGAGGUUCUCCCUCUCCGUCUGCAGAGGGCUCCACUUCCUCACGUCCUCCUAGGCCUGCCAGGCCACCGCCUCCUACGCCACGAAAACCUGCUGCCUCACCAAGCUCUUCCAGUAGUUCUUCCCCCAGUGAACUGAGUGAAGCACCAGCUUCUGAUGGCUCCUCUCAGGCAUCUGCAAGCGGAGGUUCAGACCAGCCCGAUGACACAGGUGCACGAGCAGCAACGGCUGUUUCCUCACAGACGGCUUGUGCUCCCAAACCAGAUGGCGCUGUAACAGCAGCUCCAGCUACAACAGCUACUCCCAGAGUCAACCCCAUUAGCAACGCACCGCUGCCACCAGGAUGGGAGCAAAGGGUAGACCAGAAUGGAAGAGUGUAUUAUGUGGACCACAUUGAGAAAAGGACAACCUGGGACAGACCUGAGCCUCUGCCUACAGGCUGGGAGCGGCGGGUCGACCCGAUGGGUAGAGUAUACUAUGUUGACCACAUAACACGAACCACAACAUGGCAACGGCCCACUCAGGAGUCAGUCCGCAACUAUGAGGAAUGGCAGAACCAGCGCAGCCAGCUCCAGGGAGCAAUGCACCAGUUUAACCAGAGGUUCAUUUACGGGCUGCAGGAUCAGUUUGCAGCCACAUCCACUAAAGAGUUCGACCCACUGGGACCGCUGCCACACGGCUGGGAGAAGAGAACAGACACCAACGGCAGAGUAUAUUUUGUUCAUCAUCCAACUCGAAUGACACAGUGGGAGGACCCGAGGACACAGGGUCUUCUGAACGACAAACCCCUGCCUGAAGGGUGGGAGAUGAGGUUCACUGUGGACCACAUCCCCUACUUUGUAGACCACAACCGGAAAACGACGACCUACAUCGACCCUCGGACAGGGAAAUCUUCCUUCGAGAAUGGGCCACAGAUCACCUAUGUUCGGGAUUUUAAAGCCAAAGUGCAAUACUUCAGAUUCUGGUGUCAGCAAUUAUCUAUGCCUCAGCAUAUCAAGAUUACUGUCUCCAGAAAAACUUUGUUUGAGGAUUCAUUUCAGCAGAUCAUGAGUUUUCACCCACAAGAUUUGAGGCGGAGACUGUGGAUAAUUUUCCCUGGAGAGGAGGGCUUGGACUAUGGAGGCGUAGCCAGAGAAUGGUUCUUCUUGCUCUCCCAUGAAGUGCUAAAUCCCAUGUACUGUUUGUUCGAGUACGCUGGAAAGGACAACUACUGUCUUCAGAUUAACCCUGCUUCUUAUAUCAAUCCGGAUCAUCUUAAAUACUUUAAAUUCAUUGGCCGCUUCAUUGCCAUGGCCUUGUUCCAUGGAAAGUUUAUUGACACGGGUUUCUCGCUGCCUUUCUACAAGCGCAUUUUGAACAAACCGCUGGCUCUUAAAGACUUGGAGUCCAUUGACCCCGAAUUUUAUAAUUCACUCAUUUGGAUCAAGGACAAUAACAUAGAGGAAUGCGGUCUGGAGAUGUUCUUCUCUGUUGAUAAGGAGAUCCUGGGAGAGGUCAGCACUCAUGAGCUGAAACCAGAUGGAGGAAACAUUCCAGUUACUGAAGACAACAAGGAGGAAUACAUCAGGUUGGUGGCAGAGUGGAGGCUGUCCAGAGGGGUGGAGGAGCAGACCCAGGCAUUCUUUGAGGGCUUCAAUGAAGUUCUUCCUCAGCAGUACCUUCAGUACUUUGAUGCAAAGGAGUUGGAGGUAAUGCUGUGUGGAAUGCAGGAGAUAGACCUGGUGGACUGGCAGAGAAACACAAUUUAUAGACAUUAUGCUAGGAGCAGCAAGCAGAUCCUUUGGUUCUGGCAGUUUGUGAAGGAGAUGGACAACGAAAAACGAAUGAGACUCCUGCAGUUUGUCACUGGCACCUGCCGUCUUCCUGUGGGUGGCUUUGCUGAUUUGAUGGGAAGCAAUGGUCCACAAAAGUUUUGCAUUGAGAAAGUGGGGAAAGAAAACUGGCUUCCACGAAGUCACACGUGCUUCAAUCGUCUGGAUCUCCCUCCUUAUAAAAGCUAUGAGCAGCUGAAGGAGAAACUUAUGUUUGCCAUUGAGGAAACGGAAGGAUUUGGGCAGGAAUAAUCAUAACAGGAGUUCCUGAUUUUCAUCCCGAUAAAUGGAUGCAACAGAAAAUUGCUGACCUUGAAUGAGCCGGAUCCAUUUUAGAAAGAAGCACUUUUAGCAGUUUCUCUCUGCAGCCUGGAAAUGCUUUCACCAUGGUAGAUUCUGUCUGUCUCAAUAGCAUAUUCACAAAAGAUUACAAAAUUGUUUCAUAAUAGGUUCAUUAUUUAACAAGGGAUCUGUGAGUCUUCUACCUUGAUGACCUGUUCCUCCCUGAUCCACUUAAUCUCACUUUGCUGCACAAAAAGACUAAAAAAAGAAACGCCUUUCUCACUCUGGCAUGCCUGCACUUGCUGUAUGUUGAGUAAGCGCAGUUUCUACACGUGGAGCACUGAUUCUGCGCCACAGUCAUUUAGAACCACUUUGUUGGGCUAUGCACCCUGAUAAUGUACAAGGAAAGAAACUUGUCUGUACAUUUUGACUCGUAAUAUGAAGAUUAAUUUCCUGACAGAUAAAACAGUCCCUUUUGAUUUGAGGUCAUUGAGGUUUUGUUUUCUUUCUUUUGAUGGAAGGUGGGAUGAAUGAAUAUUUUUCUAAUAGGUGACUGAUAUGAAUCCUGUAGCACAUAUACAGUUUUUUAUUAACUUUGCUAAAUGUGAUGACUUUAAUUGCAAUAAUACUUUCUUGUGUUGUGACAGGUUAAUAUGUUCAACUAGUUUGCACAUGUUUUUGUGAGCAUUGAGAUUAUGAUUGCUAUUAGAAGAUGCUAUUUUUAAGUGCAAUAGUUUUGUAGAACACAUAGUUUCGCCAAUGUUGCAUUCAAACAGGGCUUUGAUUAGUUUUUCUAAGAUUUAGUUUUUACCUUCAAGUUAAAUCCCAGUACUACAUGGAGAUCUGUUGCAUACUUUGAAUUCUGUAAGGUUACUGUGGUUUGCUGUCCCAUUAUAGCUGCUACUGUUAUAUCUGCAUUUUAGACCAUAAAUGUUUACCAAAUGUUUCAGUCAGGAAGAAGUAAACUGUGAAGGCUGUGAUAACGAAGCUGGUACUGAUGACCCAUUCAAACUGAGCGAUAGUCGGUUCUCAGCUAGUUCUCAAGAGCCCAAGUUACAUAACUGGAGCAGCGGUGUGUCAGAUGGGUUCUGUUAAGCUUUGCAAACGGAGUGAAUCCAAGAAAAGCUAAGAUUUAAAAUUCUACAGGUUUCAUUUAUUAAGUGACUGUUAUUGCUUAUGUGUAGUUGAAACCAGACAUUUACACAGACAUUUUCAAAAAUAUGUUUUAUUAACCUCACAAUUACAUUACAUCAUACUAAAAUAGUCCCAGAAUAAUUUGAUUUUAAGAUAAUUGCUCACAUUUUCUUCAAAUUCAAAAGUUUUAAUAGAUUUUAUUAGUAUUUGGGAUAUUUUCCAUUUGAAUAGAAUGACUUGAAUGUGUUAGGUAUUUUUUCACAUGCUCCCCAUAAUAGUUUGCUGGAGUUUUGGUCCAUUCCUCCCAUCAGACCUGGUCUAACUGACUCUGUUAUGCAAUCUGCCUUGAUCGCACAAAGUUUUUUUUAGCUCUGCCUACAAUUUUCUCUAUGGGAUUGGAUCAGGGCUUUGCGAUGGCCAUUCCAAAACAUUGACUCACUUUUAUUCUUUUGUAACUAAUUCACUAACUAGGCUUAGGGUCAUUGUCUGUAUGGAAACACAUGGUUUAACUUUCUGCCUGUCUUGAGAUGUUUCUUUAAUAUUGCCACAUGAUCUUAUUUUCUCAUCUAUUUUGUGAAGUGCACCAGUCCCUCCCACAGCAAAACAUCCACAUGAUGCUAGCCCCCUGUACAACUGGGAUUGUUUUCCUGGAUUUUCAAGCUCUCCUCUGCUAUGAUCUGCAUUAUGGACAAACAUUUCAGUGUUAUUUUCAUUUGACCACAAUAUAUCAAAAAUAUUAACAUAUUUGGCUCUAGGUGCAUUUGCAAAGUGUCUUUUUUUUUUACCUUUGGUAUGACUUCUUCGCCGAGUCGCCUUACAGCUAACCUUGGUACAUGUUUCACGAUGUAUAAUCACACUCUCUUCCCAGAUUCUGCCAGCAUCUUUCCAAAACAAGUUUUGUUUUUUUUCUGGGGUUGAUGUGCACAUUUUGCUGUGAAACAUGUUCGUCUAUACGACACAAAUCUUGUCCCCUUUGUAAAUGUUAGCACAGCUCAACAUUUUAUAGUUGCCAAUAAUAUUUUUUGAACAGAUGAAUAGGGUGGGAGUUAUUCCAAGGAUAAACCGGAUUUGUGGAGGUCUGGCAUUCUCUUCCUUUUACUUUGACUGAUUUCUUUAGGUUAUCCACACAGUGCGACUCAAGGAAACCUUGUGAUUGAGGUUUACCUAAAAAAAAAUAUCCUAUCAGAUGCUUACAAGGCCGUGCUAUUAAUCACCUAGGUUUUACAAAUUGUUUAAAGGUAAUUUAAACUUAAAUAUAUAAAUCUUUAAGUCUUAAAUGCAUUAAGAUUUAGUCUUAAUGCAUAUAAACUGCUGAAUUUGAAGGCCUUAAUAAAAAUUUAUUUUAAACAUUUUAAUAUGCUUGAUUUUGCAAAUAAAAAAGUGGUAAUCUUAUUUUUAUCCUAAAACAAGAGGAGUUUAAUUUGAUUUAAAUUCAUACAUCUGAGAAUAAAUAUCUGGUUUCAACUACAAAUACACUUAGUGAGUAUAAAAAAGCUCAUCCAUCAAUACAUCUGGAUUGCCCAAGAAGUGAAGAAAACUUAGUUUCACAGAACCCUAGUUUUAUAGGGUGUGAGUUGCUCAGAUUUCUACAUUAUAAUUAAAGACUUUUACUAGAACAAGGCUAUAUAGAAAGGUAAUUAGUAAAAUUGUGAACCUUUAAAUGUCAAUGUUCUCCAAAUUUCACAAUAGCAUCCACUGCAUCCUCAUGAAUAUUGCCACCCCUUGUAAAGAUGUCAGGGGUGAGGGGGGGAUAAAAUAAAAUUGCACUAGCGUUCUCACUGAAAUACUUUUGGAAAAUCUAGUUUUUAAUUUCAGAACAUUUAGUAAAUGUAUUGGGGGGGAUAUAACAAGUUUUAAUAAGAUCUUCAGUGCCACAGUUGGUAUCUAAUCAUCAAUGACUUCAUGUUUACCAAGAGGAUAAUUAUGUUGUAAUACUAAAGUCUGAUCUUCAAAAGUGGCGAAGGUAAGAGACCAUACAAUUUAAUUAAGGUAGAAAUUAGAUUUAUAAAUCAGGAAAGCUGGAAAGAAAAUAGCUACUCAGCUAGAAUAAUGAUUUAAAAAAACACUCUUGAAAUUACUGUGGUCUGUGUGAGCUUAUACUACUGCUAAAAAUAAAUUGUGCAACUUUCUUUUUCUUUUUACAUGCUUUCAAGGGGUGCCAAUAAUUGUGCAAGGUGUUGUACUUUAAGUUGUACUUCAACUUUCAGCUUUUAUUUUUCUAAAUAUAUAAAAAGAUAAUUAUAAAAACUGAAAAAAAAAAAAGGUGUUUUGUCAAUGAAUCUGAAUAUAACCCUGUUUUUAUUUUAUCAUUUAAAACUGCUACUGGUGUUACUGUUUGGGGUUCACUGGAUUUUCUUUUUUUCAAAUGUUUCUAACAAUUUUCUAUUUUAAGAUUGUGGCACACAGGUUUAAAUCUCACAUUUACUGUGAAGGGAAAACAAGCAGUAAGCAGCUUUCCACAUAGUUUCAGACUGAUUUAAAAUAAUUAUGUAGUAAUGUCAUUAUUAGGAACCCUCCUAGCUUUACAUUGGGGUCGUGCUGCAAAUUGAAGACUGUGAUUGUAAUGUGUGUUCUACUUAAAAAAUCAAAAAAAAAAUCUAUCUGCUGUUUCCCUUUAAGAUCACUCAUUAAAAACAAAUAAGAUUC